AACUUAACAUUCUCAUAAUACUCCAUAUGUAUGGAAUAUUGGAGUUGUUCCAAUGCAAAUUAGUAAAUCCAUAUCAUCAACUAAUUCUUUUUACAUAUCCCAUCUUCUAUUUAGAAAUCUUUGUAAUUAUUUUCUUGAUCACCACAUUUUCGAUUCACCAUCUGUAUUUACGUGUAAGAAACGUCCAAAUGAAUGGUUGUCUCUUAUCGGUAUCGACGAGGCUGAAUCAGGUAUUGCGGCUGAAUAAAGACGGGACUACUUUUAACAUUGGCCCUCCCCUCCUUAUCUAACCUGUUACUCCACUACCGACUAUUAUGAAUGGUUUUAUAGUAGCUCUCAGUGUAAUAUAUUUAUUCAACUUUACUGCAUUCACUUGAAUCCUCUGCAAGUAACCACUGUAUAUAGUCGAUACUUUUAUUACUUUUAAUUAUUCGCUUAGAUUGACAUUAGUACAAUAUUUCAUGUAGUGUGUGUAUUUGGGCGUGUGCACUGUAUGCACCACGUUGGUUCGCAUGAUAUUAUAUGUUAUAAUGACAACCACAAAUUACAAUUCUUCCACGAUUUCAUGGCAGCAACUCGAGCCUAUGCUCAGGCACAUGUAGGCUUAUUUCCUAGGUCACUAAUAUUUUUUAUUAAUACCUAAUGAGUUCAACUUCUUAAAAUAAAUUAUCUGCUACUAUUAACAAAUGAACAACUAUUUCGUAUAAAUUGAUUCCUUAAUUGUAUGUUAUUAUCUAAACUUAUAAUUACUACUUAAUUUUUACAUUGUUACAUUUAGUUUAUUUUUUAAGGAGUUUGAAUUUCACUGUUUCAUGUACAAACAUUGGAAAUAAAUUAUGAUUCAAUUCAAUCCAGUUCAUUCCUAUCUUGUUUUAAAAAAUACAUUCAGACAGACAAAUAGAAAACUAAAUUUAUUGAACAUGGUUCACAGGGACUAUUUCAUUUUUCCUCAACAGGGUUUUUAUGAAUGUCUGGACAUUUUUAGAGAGUAUAGUAUUUUUAAUUAACUGUUGGAGUUUGAUACCAAGUAAAUAAACAUUGCACAUAUUAUUAUAUGAUAUACCUGUGUGCAGUGAGGAGUUGCCUGUAAAAAAGAUAAUAAGCAUACAAUAUUAUAUCCAUGUUUAUAUGAAGAACAGUCUGAAAUGACAUUAGCUUUCAUCACCACAUAGAGUAUAUUAAUCUUCAUGGACUUCAAACUAACCAAUUAAUGUGACCUUGAAGAACCAGUUUGGGUUUAGUUGCCUUGAUAUUCUGUGACUGUGUAGUUCUGGGCUGGUACAAAUCAUACUAGUAGAUACUAGAAAUUACAUACCUCACAACUCAAGUUAAAGAAAGCCAGUGGUGUUAGUAAAAAUAUACUGUCAAAUAUUUUGAAUAAAUGUAUGUGUAUAUUGUAUAAGUUGGUCGUGUGUUUGGAAGAUCAGCAACCAAUAUUACAGUAAUGGAUUCCGAUGUUGUUGAUUUAACAUCUUCCGAAGAGAACACCAAUAAAUUACGACAACUGUUAAGCACUCCUCCUACACCAUUGCUUAAACGUAAGCAGCAGCAACAACAACAAGAAGAAGAACAACAGCACCAACAGCAGCCGCAACAAUCAACCUCAAGCCUCGAAAAAGGUGCCUAUCUUUAUGAAUAUACUGAUUCAUGAGCUAAACUGGAAGACAGACAAUUACCGUCAAAAGAGUGUUUGUUUAAUAAAAUCACUGAAGGACAUAUUUCAGAUGAAGAUUUUGUUCAUGCAAAAGAUGUUUGGUCACGAUUUAAUUGUGAAACAUUAGGUGAUUAUUCAGAUUUAUAUUUACGUACUGACGUAUUGUUAUUAGCAGAUAUUUUUGAAAAUUUUCGUACCAUAUGUCUUGAUAAUUAUGAAUUGGAUCCUGCCCACUAUUAGUUCCUAGUUUAACAUUUGACGCAAUGUUAAAAUUCACAAAAGUAGAAUUAGAAUUACUUCAUAAUUAUGAUAGGCUAUGUACUAUAUGUUUAUUGAAAAAAGAAUACGAGGCGGUAUUAAAAGUUGUGUAAAAAGACAUGCUAAAGCUAAUAAUACAUACUUGAAUGACGUGUUAUAUGAUUCUAGUAAACCUUCUAGUUAUUUGACAUGUAUAUAUGCAAACAAUUUAUAUGGUUUGGGCUAUGAUUAAAUGUAUACCAAAAGAUGGAUUUAAAUGGUUGUCAACGGAAGAAAUAAAACAGUUUAAUGUACAAUCAGUACCAAAUAAUAAUCCAAUAGGAUAUAUUAUUGAGUGCAGUGUUGGAUAUCCAUCUUAUUUACAUGAACAUCAUAAUGAUUUACCAUUUUUACCAAAAACAAAAUCUCCACCAAAUUCAAAACAGGUUAAAUUACUCACUACACUUUUUGAUAAAGACAAUUAUGUUUGUCAUUAUGUUAAUUUGAAACAAGCACUUGACAACGGGUUGGUAUUAAAAAGAAUACAUAGAGUUUUGCAGUUUAAUAAAAGUCCUUGGCUUAAGUCGUACAUAUUAUUUAAUACGAAUAACAGAAAACAAGCGAAAAAUGAAUUUGAAAAAGAUUUUUAUAAAUUACUCAGUGAUGCCAUGUUUGGAAAAUCAAUUGAAAACGUAAAAGAUAGACUUAAUUUGGAACUAGUCAAUACUGAGAAAAGAUUAACAAAAUUAAUUUCUAGGCCUAAUUUAAAAAACAGAAUAAUUUAUUCUGAACAUUUAAGUGCUGUAGAAUGUAAUAAAGAUGUUGUAUUAUUUAACAAACCCAUUUACAUAGGAUUUACAGUUUUAGAAAUAAGUAAAUUUCAUAUGUAUGAUUUUCAUUAUAAUAUAAUGAAACCAUUUUAUUUAGAUACUAAUACCAACUUACUCUAUAUUUAUACAGAUUCAUUUUUUUAUAAAAUUUUUACUAAUGAUUUGUAUAAUGAUUUUAAUAGUGAAAAUAUGAGAAAUUACUUUGAUAUGUCAGAUUAUCCUUCAAAUCAUAAAUGUUAUUAUGAAGAAAAUAAAAAGAAAAUAGGUUGUUUCAAAGAUGAAUGUAUGGGUGUUCCUAUAGAGGAAAUUUUUGGAUUAAGAAGCAAACUUUAUACGUAUGUAUUAUACGUACUGUAAAUGAUUUGUAUUUAAAAAAGUGUAAAAAAAUGAAUUUGAAAAAAGCAAAAGGUGUAACAAAAUCAAUAAUAAAAAAACACAUUACAUUUUAUGACUAUAAAAACUGUUUAUUUUUAUCAUCUAAUAUAAGACGAAAAAUGAGGAUGUUUCAAUCCAAAAAGCAAAUAUUAAGAACUGUAACCACAAAUAAAUUAGCGUUAAAUGGAAAUAAUGACAAACGUUUCAUUACUAACGAUGGAAUAAAUACGUUAGCUUAUGGAAAUAAAUUAUUUAAAAAAAUGAGUCCAUUACUGUGUUUAUGCAUAUAUUGUAUAAUAUGCUGUAUUAUGAUAUGUAUAACACAUAAAAUUAACAAAUAUAU